UUAAAAAUACUAAACCUAAAAAACAAUCCAAUCCGGCGGUUUUAUUGCAACAUUACAUACUUGCUGGAUGGCGUGACUUCAAUAAACGUGCCUUCCGAAUUUGUUACUGAGUUCGAUUUAUCUUGUGCGAACCCAAUCGAAUGGGCAAUGAAUGAAGAGGAAAUAAUUUUCAAGAAUACAAACAAUAAAAACGAGUUCCGAUUUCCUAAGAUGAACUUGAAAAAUUUGUUUGCUCUUUAAUUUUUGUAUCCAAAUUAAUAGGAUCCAAAAAAAGUAAGGAACAAUGUGUAAAAUAAUUCUACGUUUGAUCUCGUUUCAAUGGAGCGAAAAAAACUUUCAUUCAAAAUUGUGCGAAUUUUGGGCUUUUGGCUGCUGAGAUCAUUAUUGUUUUUCUCUUGAUUAUGUGAAAUUUAUUGGAAAGAUCAUUGUGUCACAGAUUCGGCGGAAUAAAUUUAGCAAAAACGUGGAUCAAUGAAACUGGCGUGAUUCUUAUCAAUGAUUGAUUCGAUGGAGCUAACAAAAAAGAGACAGCGAAUUGUCAAUGAACAUACUACGAUUGGUCAAUGUGUCAGAUAAUCCGCUAUAUAAUUGGAUUGCAAUCUGUUUAAAAUCCGUGCAAAAAACAUUCCGUUUGAGCGAUUUCUUUUAGCAAUUAUUCAUAUGACUGAGAGUGAUGUGCUGCAUUUAAAAGUCAUCGAACUCAAAUUAACCCUGAUGAAUUUUUCGAUCCCAUUAGCGCUGGAGAAGACGAUUUUCAUGGAUUCAAAUUUGUAUGAGCUCAAUUUUUAGCUAAAGCUCUUUUUUAUCAGAGAUCAGAAACCGAAGAUUGGUUUUUAAUGCACAGAGAACCAGAAGAAAGACACGUGUACGCUUGUGCGCCAGAAUGUAGCUGAUUUUUAGUAGGAUGUACGGUAUUUUCAUUUAAUACGACACAUCAAUUUUAUAUGAAAUACACAAUCAAUAUGCUGAUUUGAUAUUUCCUUGAGUGUAUCUUAAUUUGAUCGGGUCUUCAUUUCGGCCUAAGCAACGGUAAUAAUCCAAAUCUUGCGCAGACACACACAAAUAGAGAAUAGAAGGCGAAAAGACCGGCGUAAUUUGUUGUUUUGUGUGCCCAACGCAUAAUCGUAUGCGUCUAAAAUAGAUUUUAUUGCUCUCUUAAAAUUAGCAGAAAUGGUUGCGUGGAAUUCCGAAAUGGAAUCGAAAGAAAAAGAAUCAGAGACAUUCGGAGACCAGUAAAGUGGCGUUACAUUAUGUUAAUUGAAAAAUGUUGGAAUUAAAAUGUAAAAGAAAACGGUUUUUUUUGCUUGUGCGAUGUGUGAUCGAUGAUUGAUUCUCGCAGCGCGCGUGCGCGUUCAUUUUUACGUAAUCGUCAGCAACCGGGCUGCUUAUCUCCAACUCCAAGAAUGUUUCAACGACCGUUUGUCCCUGCUUGAGCCAUAGAGAGAGAGAGAGAGAGAGAGAGAGAGAGAGAGAGAGAUGCGAUAUGCGGAGAUAACGGAAAAUGUGGACCAAAUGGCGAAUUGUGAAAGCAAUUAAACGGCCAUGCUCGAUAACGGUGUUUCACAUCUUCUUGAAUUCACUUAUCCGAUAGACCAGAUAGAGAAAAAAAAACAAUUUAAGAAGCGACUUCACCAGAAUCCCAUCAGAAUUGAUGCAUUAUUCAUGAGUGAGUAGAAAUAUGAUGUUGUCGCAUGAUGUGGGCUUCAUUAAUAAAAUCGAGAGAAAGAAGCGUCGAAGCGCGAUACCGUUUUUCUAGCCCGUUGUUGCAAGCACAACACCUGAAAAUGUUUAUGCAAAUUCCACCCAAAAUAUCCGCCGAAUUCGGCUACAUCAUUCAUAAAUUAUGUAUAGAUUUUUUUCCUCGUUUCAUAUCAAAUGAACAUGAAAUGUGUUUCUUCUAUUUCGACCACAUGCAUAUCAUUAACGUAUCAAAUUAGAAGAGAAAUAAAAAUUCAAAAUGAAUUGACUCUCUGGGCCGUUCGUCGUCUAAUGUGCACGCUUCUCGUAGAAUUGUUUGUCCGGAGCGGAUGGAGAAAUAGAUAAAAAAAACUGGUUCGCUGUGAAUUUGUCCAUCUUCUUGACCAUCUUCAUCAUUUUCUAUGUGGUUAUGGCUUAUGUUGUUGUUUUUUUCUCUCGCUUGAAUUAGAAUCGGUUUUGUGAAAGAGAUUUAUGCAUUUCUCUCUGUCUCUCUUCCGUCUGUCCAUUGCGAUGGUUUCUUCACAUUCGACACCCAAGAUCACAAUCUGUAUUUGGCAAUUUUUGGCAAUUAAUUCCCUCCGGUGAAAUGACAUACGUGUGUGUAUGUGUAUUGUAUCUGCGCGUGCAUAUGUUGAUUGAGUUCGAGAGCAGAGAAAGAAGAAAAAAAAGAAAGAGGGAUCGAAAUGUAAAUUUCUAAAUGUAUUUCAAACGCACACAAAUCUCAACGACAACAACAAUAUUCGUGUUGAGUCUAGAAAUUUGUUUGUCUAUAAGAGCCGAUUUUCAACAGUAUCAUUCAGUCUGCUUCCAUCAUCCAAAAUGGAUAGAUCAAUAGUAGUUUGUAUUUUCAGCAUUUUGCUGCUUGUUUUGGUAAAUAUUUUUUUUUUCUCUCCAAAAAAAGCUUAUUCCGAAAAAAACAACUUCUAUUUUCCGAAACUGUGUACAUUUCGCUAUUUUUAUAACAUUUGGUUCAGAGUGUUCAAGUGUAAAACUUUGUGCGCCGUGAAAACUUUAUUCAAAUUUAGUCUGUCGAUUCGUGAAUCUUUUUUUUUUCAAUCCUUUUUUUCCUGGCUGAUGUGAAUUUUUUUCUAAUCUCUGAAAAAAAAAAUCUGAAAUUUCUUGCAGCAGUCGACUCAAGGAGCCGAAUUGAACAGUGAAGCUACAUUAAAUUGUAAUGGAAAAGAAUUUAAGUGCAUAAACGCAACACAUUAUCAACCAUGCUCGUUGACUGAACGAAGUGGCCAACAACCACAAUUCAUGAUCAACGGCGUCAUUUUGCCAUGUACCACGGGAAAAUCAUGCGACGAGGCUAGUUCAUUUGGUUGUGGCGGUGUUGUCCGUACCGCUCAACUGGCCGAUCAACCAUCACAGAUCCCUGUUGAAGUGACGAUUGUACAAGAGCCGGUCAAGGUUGAAGCACCAGCCGUUAUUGCUGCUGUUGAAGCAGUCGCUGCUCCAGCCAAAUCGUUGCCAGUUGAUCAGCCAGCUGCCGUCCCUGCUGACGCCGAUCCAGCCGAAAAUGCUGUCACUUCAUCAACCGAACAAGUCCGUGCUGUUGCAGCUGAAGAAUCAAAAUCAGCUGAACCAGCUCCAGCUCCAGCUGCAGCCACAGAUCCAGCUCCAUCUCCAGCUCCAUCUCCAGCUCCAGCUCCAGCUCCAGCUCCAGCUCCAACUGCAGUCCCAGCUGCCGCGCCAGCAUCACCAGCCCCAGCAAAUACAAGUGAUGCCGCCAAAGCUGACGAAACCAAACCAAAGAAGAAGUUCAGUUUCAGUAGUUUGAAAAAGGUUGGACCAAUUCGUUUGGUAAAAGGUUUCCGUGCAGCCACUUGGCGCCCAAAAAUCUCAUUGGAGUCGCAAAAAGAUGUAGCCGACGGCCUUCGUAAACGACUCUUCGAACGUCGCAACAAAUACGAGAAAUUCGUUGAAAAUGUAUUGGGCAAAGCCACACCAGUUGCCACCACAUCAAUUGCUGUCGAACCAAAACCAGAUGCUAAACAACCAGCUCCAGGCGCACCAAUCCAACAUGAUCCAGUCGAUUUAUGCGAAGACGAAGGCUCAUGCGGUGACGAUUACGACUCAUGCGAAUCCGGAGCUGACGAUUGUGACGAUAGUGACGAUAGUGACGAUAGUGAUAGUGAUGGUGGUGGUGAUGGUGAUGAUAAUGGUGAUGAUGAUGGUGAUGAUGAUGACAGUACCGCAGAAGAUGGCUCAUCAAGCUCAUCAAGCUCAUCAAGCUCAUGCGAGGAAUCCGACGAAUCUGGCUCAAACUCAUGCGAAUCAGACAGUGAUUCCAGUGAUUCCAGUGAUUCCAGUGAUUCCAGUGAUGACGAUGACUGCUCCGACGAAGAUGAAUUAGAACCAGGAGAGGGUGAGGCCGUGUGGGAAGAACAAGAAGUUGACGGCGGUAUCGAAAUCGUUGAAGAAUGUCCAGAUGAUGAAGAUGACUGUGAAGAAUCUGACUCAUGCGAAAGCGCCGACUCUGACUAUGAAUACGAAGAUGGUAUCUCAUCAGAGGCUCAAGUCAGCCAAACAGAUGAUGACUGUGAAUCCUCCGAAUCAUGCGAAUCAGACGAAUCAGACGAAUCAGACGAAUCAGACGAAUCAUGCGAAUCAGAAGAAUCAUGCGAAUCAGACGAAUCAUCAUCAUCAUCAUCAUCAUCAUCAUCAUCAUCAUCUUCAUCAUCUUCAUCAUCAUCUUCAUCAUCAUCAUCGUCAUCGGACGAUGAUGAAUGUGACGAUGGUGAUAGCUGCGAAGAUUCAUGCUCCGACAAUGAUGAUGAGUGCAAGAAGAAGCGCAAACAACACCAAGAAGCCAACAAGAACAAGAAGAAGAAGAAGUCGGGCAGCAAGAAGAAGAAGAGUGGUUCCAAGAAGCAUGCCGCCAAGACUACCGAAAAACCAAACGCUGAGAAACCAUCCGAAGGCAAGAAAUCUGAUGCUAAAUCUGACACAGUACAAAAGAAGAAGACAACCGAAAGGAAGAAGGUUCGUUAUCCACCAGUGCAAAAGAUUCGUAAGAGUUUGAUGAGUGCAUUCGCAAAUGCAACCGAAGCUAUUGCACCAGGCAAGAAACGUAACGUUGGCCGUAAAGGAGGCGGCGGUGGCGGUGGUAGUACCGGUGGCACCGGUGGCACCACCAGCGGCGGUAGCGGUAUCCUUGGAAACGCUGCUAGUGGUCUUCAAAAUGCCGUUCUCAACAAGGUCGAUAAUUUGUUUGCCAUCAAAGACAAUGGAUUGUUCAACAAGAACAAGGGCGGUAACACUGAUGAAAACACUGGCUGUAGCAUCGUAGAAGGAUGGACUUGCCCACGUAAAGGACGUUAUGCUCAUCCAAUCGAUUGCCAGAAAUACGUCGAAUGCUCAAAGUCCGGACCAUUCAGUAAAACAUUGCAAAACACUGUGUUCGAGUGUGAAGAUGAUGAAGCCUACGAUCCAAGCAUCCGUUCAUGUACCACCGAUUGGUCAUCAUGCGAGGCUCUCGAACAAUGUUUGUACCAUCGUCAAUUGAUCGAAGAUCCAUCCGAUGACAACAGCUACUUCAUUUGCAUUCGUGGUGGCAAGAAAUUCAAGGAAUCAUACGACGUGUACCGUCGUGAUUGUUCACCAGGCCGUAUCUUCGAUGUUGACUAUGGGCUGUGUAUGGACUCAGCCGACUACCGUCGCAUCAGCAAGGCCAAACUACGCCGCAAGCAACUCAAGAAACAAAAGAAAUGCCAAAAGAAGAAAGCACAAAAGAAGAAGAAGAACAAGAAGAAGAAGAGCCCACAAAAGAAACAAUAAAAACGUGUGCUUGAAUGGCAAUUGCAACCAUUUUCGCAACGCAUUCUUCUAAUAUUGUCGGUAUCAUUCUAGAAAUGAUCAACACUCUGUCUCUAUUUCUGUCUCACUAUCGCAUAGCAAAGGGGCGUAAGAACCAAUCGAUUGAAAAACAAAAACUCUACAAAAAAAAAAAUUAUCAUUCCUACAAAAACGAAAAAUCAACAACGACAACAAAAACUAUCUAAUUUUAAUUUAUCUCCCUCUUA